UCAGGAUUGGGCAACAUUGGUUUAAACCAGCGCCCAAUUCAGCCUUCGUUGCAACGGGAGUUUGCCAUGGCCAAUGUGCCAUGGACGCCGGUUGGUCGGGAUCCCGCACUGCGCGUGCUUCCAUUCUGGCGCUGGCGGCUUUGUGCUUGAUCGGAGGGGCGAUGAACAGCGAGAAGCUCCUGGGCUCCCCACUGCUGCGGCGGCCGCAGAUGCUGGCCUUCCUGCAGUCGCCGGAGCCGGAGGAAUCGAUGGUCGCCAUCUUUGCGGUUGCAACCUCUUCGCCUACGGCGGCAAGGCUCGUGGUGAAUUCAUCGCCGCCGAUUGCCAGUGACUUUGCAACAAGCUCCACAAGUGUCAGCGCAUCUUGGUCCACGCCCUUACUGAAUCUUACCCUGCCUGUGACAACGCCGACGCCAUCACUCACAAGUUCGUCAACAACACCGACGCCAUCACUCACAAGUUCGUCAACAACGCAGAUGCCAUCACUCACAAGUUCGUCAACAUUGCCGACGCCAUCACUCACAAGUUCGUCAACAACGCCGAUGCCAUCACUCACAAGUUCGUCCACAACGCCGACGCCAUCACUCACAAGUUCGUCAACAUCGCUGACGCCAUCGCUCACAAGUUCGUCAACAUUGCCGACGCCAUCACUCACAAGUUCGUCAACAACGCCGACGCCGUCACUCACAAGUUCUUCAACAACAUCGAUGAUAUCCCUGCCAAGUUUGUCAACAAUGUCGACGACAUCUCUGCCACAUUCGUCAUUGCCAAGCGAGGCAAACCGCGUGCAAACUAUCCAGUUGGUCAACGUAACACCGGACGCAGCUGAGGCGGCGUUUCCAUCCAUGUUUUCACUGACCAAUGAUCCUGUAUUCACAAGAGGAAAGACCAAAUGCCCUGCGGAGAUACGCGUCAGCGAGUGGAACGGGAGGAUGGGCAAUCACUACUUUCAAGUUAGUCAAGCGAUUGUCGCGGCCCUUUUGUGUCACACCUCCAGAGUGACCUUUCCGGCCCACGUGAACAAGAGCAAGUCUGCGUACCAGGCGCAGGACGGAAUGUUGGAGAUGUCGCUGGAGGUUCUGCUGGACGUGGACACGUCGAGAGAGUAUUCAGUGCCAGACCUUUGCCCCAUCUCCUGGAGCCACAAAUGGUACCACAUGCAUUGCAAGCGGGUUCCUGCCUGGCAGCAUCGCCAAGUGAUGCUGACCUACCUGCGCCCCAAGCUGGGUGCGAGUUUGUUGCAGGCGGAGUCGCGGCCGUUCUCAACUUUUGAAGAAGGCAAAUUGCUGACUGUGCAUCUCCGCGCAGAUGACAUACGUCAGUAUCCACGAUACGAAUGGGGCCAGCCUCCCUGCAGUAUGUAUCAGAAGAUCAUUGCAGAGCACAACUACACCAGCGUCAUGGUUGUCGAGAAGGGCAGGAACCCAGCUGGAAAACAAGAUUGAAAAUAGCGCAUUUGUCCGCGAACCCCCAAACAAUCUUGGGUUGGCCGUUUAUUUCAGGUGGCGCUUCAUGCCAACAAAUCAUGCAGUCAAGAGAUUGCCCAGAGCAUGUCAAGCGACUGCAAGCCGCCAAAUCCCCUGAGGAUGUGCGCUUGCGAGUCCUUGUUCGAAAGUCUGAAUGCUGCAAAGCGAGUGAAGGUGCAAAGGUCCGACGGGAAGUCUGUGGUCGAAGAUUUUGCGCAGAUGAUGAGGGCGCAAAACUUUGUGCUUUCCUUUUCUAGCUUUGCGAUCAGUGCUGCCAUGCUCAGCAAGCAGAUUCGGGUUAUGUACCGGAGAAGAGACGCUAUGUGGGAUGGCAUCCUCCAUUCCAUCCUGAACUGCAAUGUUUGGCCGGGUGUUGUCAUGUACGAGUUCAACACCACCUUGCAGACAGAUGGAAGGAAAGACAGCCCAAGGGAGUGGCUGCAGAAUUUCAAGCUGGAAGACCUGCAGGGGCCAUACACGUGCAGCUUCGGCAGCUCUAUUUUACCAGGAUUUUGAAGGCGGUUCUGCCUGCAUAUAGAGUUACAGUAGCACACACGAGGAAGCACAACUUCCCAAAUGUUGUUUGUCCUAUAGGC